UGUCGCUCACCCUCACAUGAUUCCAGCUGAGGACAUCAACAAGAGUGACGGCUUAAAACUGAUGUGAUCAGGCGGAGAUGUUUUAAUCCUGGGAGGAGAGAAUGGGAAACAGCUGUGCAGCUUCUGCUCUUACUGUCUAGUUUCUGUUUUCUCCUCCUUUUCUUGAAGUUCCAUUUUGCUGUAUUUUUUGUUGUUGUCACCACGAUGGAUCUGAGUUUGUGGCAGUACCAGUUCAGGAUCAUCAUGCUGGGCGACUCCACGGUGGGCAAGUCCUCGCUGCUGAAGCGCUACACUGAGAACACCUUCCUGGAGACCAUCGACGAGACCGUAGGUGUGGACUUCUAUGUCAACUUUCUGGAGGUGGCACCAGGGGUCCGGGUCAAGCUGCAGUUCUGGGACACGGCCGGCCAGGAGAGGUUCAGAUCAGUGACCCGCUCUUAUUACCGCAACUCAGCCGGAGGCCUCUUAGUGUUCGACAUGACCAACCGAGCCUCCUUCGACCACAUCAAAGACUGGCACAGCGAAGUGAGCGAGCGAAUCCAGCCGGAGAAGAUCCUCUUCAUCCUCGUGAGUCACAAGAGCGACCGAGACGCUCACGGGGAGCGAGUGGUGAGUCGCGAGGAGGCGGAGAAACUCGCCGGACAGCUGGGGGUUCCCUAUGUGGAGGCCUCUGCCAGGACAAACCACAACGUCAAGGAAACCUUUGAGCUGCUCGCCCGGCGAAUUUACCAGGGACUUCUGAGUGGAGAAGUGAACCUGCAGGAAGGAUGGGACGGAAUCAAGUGCUCCCUGUCGCAGACGCUGAAGCUCAAGCGGGCCAAUCUGGCCUUGAGAGACUCGAAAAAGAAGAAAAAGUUUUGCUGCUGAGCCUUUAUAUGUUUGACUUUCCAUGUUGUAUUUACAACCAUUCAAAUACAAGCAGUUCACUCUUGCAACACUUGAUGGUAGAAGGGAGGGAAAGCCCAAAACAAAAGCGACUAAA